AUGUCUUUUGAAGCCAGUGUCGCUGGUCUUUUCUCCCCGAUUAAGGAUCUAGUCCUAAACGCAAACGAGAAUGUGGGGAAAACAGAAAACGAUCAGGUGGAAGUUGCAGGAUGGAUAGCAAAAGUAGGCCAAGGUGAUAUUGUCAAACCAGAAGGAUUGAAGGACCUUGAUACUCAACUCAUUCCACGCACAUAUCUCGUUAGCAAUUACCUGACUGCAGCAGACGUUGCGCUCUACGGCGCCCUCCACCCCGUUCUGUCCCAGUUGCAACCUCCUCAAUAUUACUCCCAUCCUGCGCUCACGCGUUAUUUUGAUCACAUUCAAUCACGUCCUUCUGUACGGACUGCCGCUGAAGCGCUGUCUCCUGCCUUCUCAGUUGUAGCUUUCGAUCUCGACAAUGCGCCUGCACCCGAACGCAAAGCUGAGCCAUCAAAGAAGAAGGAAAAGGCACCCAAAGCCCAGGCCUCAGAAUCUGUCGCUGCAAAAGAGCCCGAGAAGGCAGCAGAAGCAGACGCGAAACCACAAAAAGAGAAGAAAGAGAAGAAAGAAAAAAAGAAAGAUGCUGCGCCUACUGAAGAAUCUGGAAAGAAAAAGGCUGGCGGUGGCGGGAAGGCACCAGCUGAGGAUGCUGGUGAACCUGUACCUUCUAUGAUCGACCUUCGAGUCGGCCACAUCAUUGAUAUCAAAAAGCACCCAGACGCGGAUGGUCUCUAUGUUGAGCAAAUAGAUAUUGGAGAAGAAACAGGUCCCCGAACGGUUGUUUCUGGGCUUGUCAACUAUAUUCCUAUCGAAGAAAUGCGGGAUAAAUACUUGGUGGCAGUGUGUAACUUGAAGCCCGCUAACAUGCGAGGUGUGAAGAGCUUCGCCAUGGUCCUCUGCGCAUCAUCAAAAGAAGGAAAGGAAGGAGGCAUCGAGUUAAUCCAACCACCACCUAAUUCAAAACCAGGAGAGAGGGUAUUCUUCGAGGGAUCCGAGUAUGAAAAUGCUACCCCGAUAUCCCAACUGAACCCAAAGAAGAAAAUCUUUGAGACGAUACAGCCAGGUUUCAUCACUCUUGAUACCAAGGAAGCCGCUUGGGUAAAUCCAGCGACCAAGUCUGUACAUCGAAUUCGCACAAAGGACGGGAUAUGUGUAGCGCCAACACUUAUAGGGGCAUCAUUGUCAUAG